UGGCAAUAAGACUGAUCCAAGACGACAAUGUCAUUCAAGGGUUAAUUGAAUUCAACCCAAGGAACCGAUCACGGUACGUUGAAAAUGGAGAACACGGUGAUUCUGAAAGAGUGGUUCGAGCGAGUUGACUCGGAGAAAACUGGAAGCAUCACAGCAGCUCAGCUCAAGAGAGCUCUUGCCGUUGGAAACCUAGAAUUCCCUAUCUCAGUUGUUCAGCAAAUGAUCAGGAUGUACGACUUUGACAGGAAUGGAACUAUGAGUAUCGAAGAAUUUGUUGCACUUAACAAGUUUCUUCUUAAGGUUCAACAUGCCUUCGCUGACUUGGAGAGGGGUCGUGGAUUCCUUGUUCCUGAUGAUGUGUAUGAGGCAUUGGUGAAAAUUGGAUUCUCCCUUGACUCACCUUCAUUUUAUACUGUCUGUGAGAGUUUUGAUCAAAAGAAGAAUGGAAGAUUCCGGCUUGAUGAUUUCAUAUCUCUUUGUAUAUUUAUACAGUCUGCACGGAACCUGUUUAAUUCAUUUGAUACAAGCAAGCAAGGCAGGGUGACUCUUGACCUCAACCAGUUUAUAUACUGCACUGCCAAUUGUAGAAUAUGAAAUCAAAUUGUGUAUCGAAGGUGAGAAUGACGUUCCUCCAGAGAUGUUGUAAAAUGAGUGUAGAUUGGCAGAAUUAUUUCAUAUUUGAUUGGUUAGCAGGACACUGUUUCUUUGCUGUCAAAUAUAUGCCAUCACCUCUCCUUCUUCAUCUUAGAAUAUUUUGAGUAUUUUGGUGGUGUAGUGGCUUGAAAAUUGCUGUUAAAUUUGAUGUUUGAUUUAUAGUUGAUAUGCAAUGGUUGGUUAAAAUUUUAUUACACA